GCCAGAGCGAGAGUACAGAAGCCAGUGACCUAAGGGGACGACCGCGUGCAGGUUUGUCCGGUUGCGUCUCUCCUCACCUCUUCGUAAAAGAAUCAAAGACAUCGACACACACAACCAACGCGCCACCUCCCUCCCGUGUGAGGGCCUCCACAAAACUGGAUGACCAGGCCUCAUCCGCCGGAUAGAGACCCCGGCGACGAACCAAACUCAUUCGUAUACGCAGCACUGUUCUUGGCCGUGACGGAAAUUCGUACGGUGUCACGUAGUCCCGGCCGUGAGCUUCCGUCGACUCCUCGAAAUUCCGACUGAGUUGGCCUCGUCGGCGAGCGACUUCUCCCACCACUGCGACACCUGAAGUCAACCUUUCCGUCUACAAAGGACACCAGUGAAGACCUGCGACCUUGUUAUUACACUCGCGAUGCAGUCCCCGAUCUCAGCGGUGCUACUGCUCGGGCUGUUCUGCCUGUCUGUGACGUCACUACCCACGAGCUACUUUGUGGGUAGCCCGUACUCCAUGGUGUACCCCAACUACCCGCUCACGUACCACACCUCUUACGCCCAACCGUACCAAGUCGCCUCCCAGACCGGCUACCAAACUGGCUAUCAGCCGUCCAGUUACCAACAUUCCGGGUACCAGGCCAGCUACCCAGAUGGCUACCAGGCCGUAGUCGUCGGACUCGGUUCACCCACGAGCCACGUCCAACUUCUUCCGACCACGGUGACUGACUCGCACCCCGUGCUGGUUCCGCUGGUGCCGGUGGUUGAACAGCCCCAGAGGCAGCCCCUGCCAGCUCCGAGGCACAGGCAGCCGGUCGUGGUUCACCCGACACAGGUCAUCCGUCCAGAAGAGAGAUUCUGGAACCCUCGCCGUGGCCCAGUGCGUAAUGGACCGGAAGAAGUUAUUGACCUCGUCGUGGACCGGAAACCCGUGGCCGCAGAGUAGACGGUGUUGCCCCUUGCGGCUGAAACGAACUAUAAUAAGGAGAAUCGGAACA